GUGACACGUCCCGACGCUUUUCCACGUCGCCCGCGCGCCCAACGGUUGAGGCUGCGCGCGUUCGUGCUAAGGCCGGGAAAAAAUGGCGGCGCCCGUCUUGCGAGUGUCCACCCCUCGCUGGGAGCGGCUCGUCCGGCUGCUCGUGUGUCUCGCUGGGAUUCUACUGUCACUGUAUGCCUUCCAUGUGGAGAGGGAGAAGAGCCGGGACCCCAGUUACCGCGCCGUGUGCGACCUGAGCAGCUCGGUCAGCUGUUCCAAAGUCUUCACGUCCAGAUGGGGUCGAGGAUUUGGACUGUUGGGAAGCAUUUUUGGGAACGACAGCGCAGUAAACCAGCCAAACAGUGUUUAUGAAAUAUUCUUUUAUGUUUUUCAACUAUUACUAGGUUUGACGGCCAGCGCGAUGGCUGCCCUGAUUCUGAUGACUACGUCCAUCGCGUCCGUGAUGGGCUCUUUCUAUCUGGCUUACAUCCUGUACUUCGUCCUGAAAGACUUCUGCGUCAUCUGUGUCACCACAUACGCACUGAACUUCAUCCUGUUUGUGCUCAACUACAAGCGACUGGUUUACUUGAACGAGGCCUGGAAGCAACAGCUCCAAGCCAAACGGGACUAGACGGGGAAAAACUAAAAUAUAUAUAGAAGGAUGUCGGGGGGGUGACCUCUGAAAUUUGUGACUUGCCACCAGGAGACCUUGCUUCCAAACAAAUUCUGUCGUGUGUGUGUAAAACAAAACAACAACAUGAAACAACGAAAGAAAAAGUGUAAAGAAACAUUUUAGGGGCCACCGAUCACAUGUUUAUCACAUUGCAAGGAAGGAUUUCAAAAUGCACAUUGUUGUCCAUUUUUAUUUCUCGUUGGUUUUCUUUGUUGAGGUUUGGGCUGUGAUCGAGAGAGAUCAGUCGGACAAGAGCUCACGGGAACAAAAACUACCAGUCGGUACAAACGGAAGAGAGUGUCCUUUCCUGAGGAAUAAAACGAUGGAGAAAACGUGGAAAAAAGAUGCGAGACUACUUGAAUCCACUGGGAGAGUCUUCGCGGGACUGAAUUUAAGGGUUUAUAAAGGGUAAACGAUCAUGAGGUUAAUGUACCGGACGCAGAGGUAAUUCCACACGUCAUUAAGAAAUAAAGUGUAAUUUGUUAUGUUUACAGAUUUUAUUUGUAUUAUUGUUUUGGAAGAGGACCACUCAUAAAACACGGAAGAAUGUGAACUGUAUGUGUGUAGAUCAGAUUUGUCUGUGACUACUUUUUAUUUUUUAUUUGUUUGUUUCGCAGUUCUGUAAAUAGCCGCAAAGCAAUAUUCCGAACUUGAAACAUUAAAACAAAAGUCCGAUAGCAUGUCCGUCACUUCUAAAAAAUGGUUGUGGAUUUUAGUGCAAAUUUCUGAAGGCGUACAGUUCUCUGUACAGGUAUUAUGACGAUUGACUCGUCCUACGGUGGUUUCUAAACCCCGGAAUAAUGCUGCGUUCACAUCCUGUUGGAAUUACUGUACUUACGAGAUGACCACACGGAGACUUUACAUAAAAAUGGCAUAUACAGUACGUUUAACUCUUGAUUAACUGCCUUAUUGGUUCUCUAUACGUGACGUCAUGAUGGUCAGGUGGGAGCUUUUAUAUACUUUUUUUUUAUUUAUAACUUGUAAUGAGAAGUUCUUCGAUGAUGCAAACGCUUUAUACGCCGGAAUAUCGCCGUAAUUCCAACAUGACGUGAACGCACCACAAGUCAAAGCUGCAUUCACAUCAUGUUUGAAUAACCGUAAUUCUGGAAGAUUAUAUUACGAGCUGUUCCCUUGAAAUACGACUAAAAGUGAAGAAUUAAUAAUUAAAGGAAUAUUCCGGGUUCAACACAAGUUAAUCUCAAUCGACAGCAUUUGUGGCAAUGUUGAUGACCAUUAAAAAUAAUUUCGACAAGUCCCUCGUUUUCUUAAAAUAUAAAAGCACAAAUGUGUGUUCCAGUGAGACACUUCCAAUGCAAGUCAAUGGGGUAUUUUUAAAGGGUUUAAAGGCAGAAAUGUGACGCUUAUAAUUUUAGAAAAGCACUUACAUUAAUUCUUCUGUUAAAACUUGUGCAUUAUUUGAGCUGUAAAGUUGAUUAAAUCAUAAUUUUUAUAGUCGUUUUAGGUUUUUAGGGUCUUUUGACAUCGUCAUGGCAACGAAGUUAUAAAGUUGUCUAUAUCUUCACACAGAUGUGGUCAGUGAGUGAUUUAAUGACAGUAAAAUCAUGUUAACACACAUAUUGUUUAUGUCUUGUGACUUGUGAAACAGUAUUUUAAUGUGUACAGAUUAAACCCCAUUGACCUGCAUUGGAAGUGUCUCACUGGAACACACAUUUAAAGAAAAGGAGGGACGAGUCGAAAUAAAUUUUUGUGGUGAUCAACAUUAUGACACAAAUGCCGUCGAUUGAGCUGAACUCGUAUUAAACCCGGAAUAUUCCUUAAUCAACGUAUCAAACAGAAAUAUUUAGAUGUAGCCAAAAAAAACAACCUUUAAAAACUUUUAAUGCCGCUGGAUGUUUUUACAUGACGUCGCGAAAACUUUAUUUUCAGAAUCUCGUCAUGUUGGUCAUUCCAAUGUGGUGUGAACGCAGGGUUAGAUGAAACCUGAUCUCAGUGCUAAUGUAUCGUGAAGCACCCUUUCUUUAUUUUUCAUCACUUUCGUAUGUACACUAAUUUUAAGCAUUCCUUACCAAACUAACAGAAGGUUAGAGAAAAUGAACAUUUUAUUCCUGGAGAUUUCUCCAGUUUUUUGGGUUUAUUUCAGUUCAUAAUGUUCAUAUGUUUCAUCCUUUAGUUCCUUGUUAAUGAUUGUGUCCCUGUCUUGUGAUUUAACGUUGUUCAACCCCAACUAAACGUUUCACCCAACUGCUGUCACUAAUAUCCACAAUUCUCCUUUUCUGUCAGUGCUGUCUUGAGUAUCGUCUCAGAUUUGUCCAAAACGUCUCCAGCUGUUUGGAUGGUCAGUCACGAUGCCAAACAACGGCAAACGGUCUUCAGUCUUUAAAGUGGGCCUGUUGUGAUGGAUUGUGUUCCUCAAGACAAGCCACUCAUCAUAGAACAAUGUUCGUUUAAUAGUGAGGCUAACCGUUUGUGCUGGUGUCCAUUUCUUUUAAAGUCUAUUGUGUGUUCAUGUACCAGCGGGAACGUGUGACUGUUGAAGGUGCUGUUAGUCGGGCAGCUGGGAAAAUAACAUUUCUGAUUCCAUGUUUAGCCAAUCAGAAGACGUUUAAUGAAGCGUCAGUUUAAGAGUUUGUGGCGUGAGAACGCUCCUGUUGCAUUUGGCAACAUUCGUAGCACCUGUAGAAGUUUCCGUGUAACUGUUUGUGUUUGCUGAUAUCAAACUGCAUCUCUGUUAUAAUCGCUGAUUAUAAUGAUGUUUUUGGAAAGAAGGGGCACACCGUCUCAUUUAACGGCUAAAUCUCGUGGAAGUUCUACAGCAGCUAACAUCGCUUACAGCACCUUUAACAGUUGUAUUAUAGUGAACUUGAGAUAAAUGGGGUCGGGGCAGAUUGGGAUAAUUUGAUGCAAAUAAAGACAAUCAAAUGACAAAGACGAGUACUGUCCAUCCAGUGUCAGACUGUUUAUCUUGAUGUCCAUCGACGAAACAUUAAAAUACAAGUUUGCCUGUAAAAUUCCCAAUGCAUAAAAAAUGUGGUUUGUGAAAUUUAGACAUGAUUUAAAGGGA